AUGUUUGGCCCGCGGAAUAAUUUGUGCAUAUCUAUUCCUACCAGUUCAGCUCAUUUGCUAGGGUUUGGUUUCCGCGGUGAAUUUUCGGCCGAGAAGACUGAGAAGGAGCUAGCCAUGGGGAGAAGACCUGCUAGGUGUUACCGUCAGAUUAAGAACAAACCCUACCCGAAAUCACGAUACUGCCGUGGUGUGCCUGAUCCAAAGAUCAGGAUUUAUGAUGUGGGCAUGAAGAAGAAGGGGGUGGAUGAGUUCCCCUUCUGUGUGCACUUGGUCAGUUGGGAGAAGGAAAAUGUCUCGAGCGAGGCUUUGGAAGCUGCCCGUAUAGCUUGCAACAAGUACAUGACCAAGUUUUCCGGAAAGGACACUUUUCACUUGAGGGUACGAGUCCACCCUUUUCAUGUUUUGCGUAUCAACAAGAUGCUCUCGUGUGCUGGCGCUGAUAGGCUCCAGACUGGCAUGAGGGGCGCUUUUGGAAAGCCACAGGGGACUUGUGCUCGUGUGGCCAUUGGUCAGGUACUCUUGUCUGUUCGCUGCAAGGAUGCGAACAGCCACCAUGCUCAGGAGGCUUUGCGCCGUGCGAAAUUCAAGUUUCCUGGUCGUCAGAAGAUCAUUGUUAGUAGGAAAUGGGGUUUCACCAAAUUCAACCGCACUGAUUACCUGAAAUGGAAAUCUGAGAAUAGGAUUCUCUCUGAUGGUGUUAAUGCAAAGCUUCUUGGAUGCCAUGGACCUUUGGCGAAUAGGCAACCGGGAAGAGCAUUCAUUUCGGGACCUGUCCAAGGAUGAACUUGACGUCACUGAGAAAUUACGGAUAUUUCAAAAUUUUGUUGUUCUUGAUUGGAAUCAGCUCUUUGUAUUUCAGACUUUUGGGAGACUGGCAUGUCGAAGUGUGCUUGUUUUAAUUUCUACUGACUUUAAUUUAUCCAAAUAUCAGUUUGUUAGUGUUCUAUGCUUUAAAGAAUCAAGUAUGGCGACUGUGAUGUGUCCUGAGGCUAUCAGUUUGUUCUAUGCUUUAAGAAAUAAGAAUCAACUGGCGCCUGGAAGGUUUUUUGGCGGUUUGUUUUGGGGAUAUAAUUGACAAAGUAUUGUUCAUUAUGCUGAUGCACUAUCACUUUCAACGUUUUCAGCUUCCAAGUUUGGUUAUUGUAUUAGUGUGAGUUCACUGUACAUAAUAAUAUAUGGGAAAUGCUACAUGUACAUAAGAG